UAACAAGUAAUAUAGAAAAUUGAAUGCAACAAUGCAGAGAGGGCGAGGUUGAGGGGCAGACCAAGAGAAAAAGAAUAGAGAAGAGUUUUGUUCCCGCGCUAGGGUAAUGUGAAUUUGAUUUGAUUUUGGUAAACAUGGAAUUGGAACCUUGGGAAGCUCUUGACAUCGACGACUCUGAUCUCUCCAACUUUCUCCGCCCUUGCAACAAUAAUACCCCAACCACCUCCGUUUCUCCUCUUAUUCCCGGUCCUGCCGGUGCUGUUCAAUCCGCCAUGAUGCAACGCAGAACCUUACCUGCAUCCAACCUCCUCCCCACUCAAGAAUUCCUAUGCCGCGCCCUCCAAAAUGGUCACGACACUGAUCGCGAUUUCACCGCCAAUCCAUGGCUUUCUGCCUUGCAAUUUCUUCGUUCUUCCCAAGUUGAUGUAGAAUCUGCCACGCCUUUGAGCUCGAUCAAGAAGCAUCUGAACGGUGAAGGAAGAGUUGACCGUGUCGUUGCUGUUAUCAAAUCAUGCACUCCCAACGGUUUUGGAGACAUGACGAUUACCCUAAAGGACCCUACGGGCUCUGUUGGUGCUACAGUUUAUCACAGGGUUUUCACUGAAGGAAAUUUUGGAAAGGAUAUAACUGUUGGUUCUGUUUUACUUCUCCAAAAGGUUGCUGUGUUUUCUCCUAAUGGCUUUACUUGUUAUCUGAAUAUAACAUUGAGCAACAUAAUCAAGGUCUUUUCCAAGGACAGUGGACCUCCAUCAGAACAAAUAUCGGUCAAACUAACUACUCCUGCUAGCAGGGCAGAAACACAUGAAAAGCCUUGGAUGCCACUGAACAGUGCAUUCCCUCUGUCACAUGAAAGAACUCAAGGGAUCCUGAAUAAUAUUGUAGUAGAUUUGAGGAUUAGAGAAUUAGCAGAUAGUAGUAAACAAAGGGAUGAAGUUUUGGUUUCAAGUAGCUGUCACUCUAAUAAUGGAGAUGAGCGAAACCAAAGAACUGUUUCAAAUAAAGAAAACUUGUCACUGAGACAGGAUGAUGCUGGACAUUUCGAAGUCACUUGUGAUGCCGAGCUUGACAUUGAGAUGGAAGACCAACAAAACCAUCCUGGAUUGGGCGAAGAAGACAAUCUGGUGGGGAUUGCUCAAGCCAAUAGUUCCUCAACAAACUCAGCACAUAUAUCUGUUAGUCAGGAAACUGGAAGGAAAAAUCACUUGGAAACACAGAAGGAGAUCGUGAAUACGAAAAGUUCAAUUCCGCAUUGGACAGAGGAACAGCUGGAUGAGCUUUUGGCAUUUGACUGAGAUGAUAAUCUCUAUUUGUCAAAACAAAGUAUUAGAUGAUGCAGAUAUACUUAGUUUACACGUACUUUAGGUGGUGCACCUUUUUUACCAGUUUAAAGGUCUACAUAUUUUGUAAAUAUCUCCACAGAAUACUUUCAGGUAAGUUCGGAGUAUCGAAACAGAUUUGGAAUUGAAUUUUGGAAUCGUAAUUAGACAUUUCAAUUUCAAUUAUCAUCUUUCAUGUUUGAAAA